CGCGGCCACCGUAGAGGACGUCGGGCGGCCGCCGGGACGGAAGCCGAGAGGCGCUGCCGACCAAGCCUGCGACAGCGUCAGCCCUGCGCGGAGCGCCGGCCCGAUGGCGGCGACGGCGGCGAUGGCCGAGCAGGAGGGCGCCCGCAACGGCGCUCGCAACCGCGGCGGCGUCCAGCGCGUGGAGGGCAAGCUGCGCGCCAGCGUGGAGAAGGGCGAGUACUACGAGGCGCACCAGAUGUACCGGACCCUCUUCUUCAGGUACAUGUCGCAGAGCAAGCACGCCGAGGCCCGCGAGCUCAUGUGCUCCGGGGCGCUGCUCUUCUUCAGCCACGGCCAGCAAAACAGCGCUGCGGAUUUGUCCAUGCUGGUCUUGGAGUCGCUGGAGAAGGCGGAGGUGGAGGUGGCCGACGAGCUGCUGGAAAAUCUGGCUAAACUGUUUAGUCUGAUGGACCCCAACUCUCCGGAGCGCGUGGCCUUCGUGUCCAGGGCCCUGAAGUGGUCCAGCGGGGGCUCCGGGCGGCUGGGCCACCCCCGGCUGCACCAGCUGCUGGCCCUCACCCUGUGGCGAGAGCAGAACUACUGCGAGUCCCGCUACCACUUCCUGCACUCGGCCGACGGGGAGGGCUGCGCCAACAUGCUGGUGGAGUACUCCACGUCGCGUGGCUUCCACAGCGAGGUGGACAUGUUCGUGGCCCAGGCUGUCCUGCAGUUCCUCUGCCUGAAGAACAAGAGCAGCGCGUCCGUGGUGUUCACGACGUACACACAGAGGCACCCGUCCAUCGAGGACGGCCCUCCCUUCGUGCAGCCGCUGCUCAACUUCCUCUGGUUCCUGCUGCUGGCCCUGGACGGAGGCAAACUGACCGUGUUCACGGUGCUGUGUGAGCAGUACCAGCCGUCCCUCCGGCGGGACCCCAUGUACAACGAGUACCUCGACAGGAUAGGACAGCUCUUCUUCGGGGUGCCGCCCAAGCAGACGUCUUCCUACGGAGGCUUGCUAGGCAAUCUUCUGAGCAGCCUCAUGGGCUCCUCGGAGCAGGAGGGCGAGGACAGCCAGGACGACAGCAGCCCCAUCGAGCUCGACUGACGCCCGCCUGCACGGAGAGGCGCCUGUCUGGCGGCGGGUUCGAGGGCCUGGCCGCGCUCCCAGGCCGCCGUGGUGGUGUGGCGGCCGGCGUGGCCUGGCUGAGGGCGCGGGCUGAGCGUGGCCUCGGGUGACCCACAAUAAAGCACAGGCUUGCGCGCCAACCUCUCCGUCCUUUGUUGGGGUUCACUCUGGGUGCCGCGGGUCACAGGCCCGGGUCGGGGGUGCACCGGCCGCCAUGUGGAUGCCUGUGCCAAAUCCUGAGCCGUGCCCGCACGACGGCAUCGCAGACGGAGCUGCCGGACGCCGCCCGGGACGCACUAUUUAUUUCCUGUGACGACUCUUCCCGCAGCCUCUGUUCAACCAGGUGCCCGAGCCCGAGCAGCCCUCGCUCCACCAGAGGCCCCGGUGACGCCGGGACACUUUAUUUUUUCACGAUUAAAGCCAGAGUUGUAGAUUAUUACACAGCGAUCAUGCAUGAAGGAGCGGACCAGACCCUUCUAUUGGCUGUAAAAUGGAACUUAAAGGGUGUGUUCAUCGUUGAAUUUAAGUAAAUUCUUUCUACUGGG